AUGUGUCACUUCCUGCUUUUGAUAAUACUUAUCCUUGGAUAUGGAAGCGCCUCUAAGAGCUGGACAUCGAAAGAAAUUGUUCAACGUCUCAAUAGAGAUAUGGACCUGCAGCUUAAUAUUUAUAUGGAUUGCCUAGACACGGAUAUAUGGGUUGAUCAGGAAAUAGUAUCAAACUUGCAACUAAAUUCACUGAAUGCACAACCCAAAUUAAUGGGAAGAUUCAGCGAAAAGGCUUUAAUAAUUGCCUGCUUAAAGGAAGCCACAGGAAAUCGAACCCUAAACGGAUUAAAAGAACUUCUUUGGGGACUUCAAAAUUUGCCUAUAUUGUAUAUCCUGAACUCUGAAAUGGAUUUGUACUUUGAGCAAGCCUUACAGAAGGGAUUUCUUCAUGUGCUGGCCUUGAAUUUAAUAAAUGGAUCGCUUUACACCUAUGAACCUUAUCCGAAAAUACAAAUUCAUCAAUUGAAAGAAAUAGAAAAAUUCUAUAAUUUAACUAGACUAAAAAAUCUACAAGGAAUCGCAGUGAAUAUAACCGGCGAGACAAUGACACCGCGUUGUUUUCACUACAACAAUCGUCAGGGAAAAAAGGUUUACGCUGGUUACAUGUACAAGUUAUUGAAGGAAUUUAUCAAUAAUUAUAAUGGCACUGAGAGAAUGGCCUAUGCCAAUGAGGAGACCAUUGACUAUGAGGAACUGAAAACUGAAUUGCUAAUGGGACACAUUGAUAUGAUGCCCAGGAUUAUACACAUUUUGAAUUGGCAAUAUUUCUACCGCAGUUAUAUUUUAUAUAAUAUCAAAACCCAUAUAAUUGUUCCCUGGGCUGAGCCCUUGUCCAAGAGCCUGUAUUUUCUGAAACCCUUUGUCUGGACAGCCUGGAUUACUAUAAUGGCCAGUUUGAUUUACGCCGCGAUUAUGAUUUGGAGACUUAAACAUCGGCAGAAGGAUGCUUCUACUUUAUCAGCCUGCGUUUUGGAUGUUUUACAAUGGUUUUUUUCGCUACCAGUAAGCCAUAAUUGGCACUAUAAACUGGGCCUGCAUCGGGUUUUAGCUUUCCUGGUGCUCUUCACAGUGGGUUUUAUUUUAACUAAUUUGUAUUUAGCUCAAUUAUCAAGUUUCCUGACCACUGGCUUGUUUAAGAAACAACUGAAUAGCUUUCAGGAUCUAUUUCGUGAGAAUCGUACACUUAUACUCGAAAGUUUUGACAGGGAAGUCCUGCAUAAUUUGACCAGGGAUGGUCUUAUUCAACCGGAAUUUGAAAAUAUUGUUUUGACUGUCUCAAUAGCUGAGGUUUUUUCUCAUCGAAAAAGUUUGAAUACCACCUAUGUCUAUACGGCCUAUGAGGAUCGCAUUGAGUAUGAGUUGUACCAGCAGAAAUACCUUCGAGUGCCUAUAUUUAAGAAACUCGAUGAUAUCUACGACCAGAGGCCGGUCUUUGUGGCCCUUCGUCAUGGUUUGCCAUAUGUGGAGUUAUUUAAUGAUUAUCUUAAGCGAAUCUGGGAGUCGGGCAUUCUGUUAAAAUUCCAGAGCGAUACCUUAAACGAGGGCAUAUCCAGCGGUGAGAUAAGCUUUCGUCACUCCAAGUCUCGUGAGAUUCAUGUAUUCGACAUGGAGUUUUAUUACUUUGCCUAUAUUUUAUUGAGCAUUGGAUGGUCCAUCAGCAUUUUUGUGUUUUUGGUGGAGAAAAGGGGAUUUAUUUUUGGGAAUAAAAUUUAA